UUUUUCCCUUCUAAUUAGACAAGUAACGUUUCCGUUAUAGGUACUUUUUUUUUUUUUUUUUUUUUUUAACCAACAGUGAGACGUUGGAGGGUCCCGGUCACAGGCGCAAACUCACAUGCGCCAAAUAAAAAAUGUUGCGCUUUUAAGAUGCGUUACGAACUAAGAGGAAGGAUGGCAAUGACCCUGACAAAGACAGUUAAUCUCAUCACAGGACUGGUCAUUGUUUUCCAGUUACAAAUGAGCUUCAUGAAGCCAAAAUCCGCUUAUGGAGUCUACCGUACUAACACACAGGGGCUGUCUUCUCCAGAGGAAGGGUCGUAUGUAGUCGCAGGGAACAACAAACCCAGGGAGACGCGUCCCAGGUCUGGGGCCCCUGGCUGGGCUGCAGACAACAGGGGCCACUACAGAGACCAGCACCAACCAGAAGAGUCAGAUCCAGACCUGCUGAUGGAGAACGGUCACAACAAUGCUACACAGAUUGUGGACAUUGAUCCCGCCUACUAUACAUCUAAAAUCUACGGUUCUGGAGACUCAGCCAGCAAAGAGCUGUGGGUGAACAUCGAUGAGAUGGAAGAGGAUGAGUGGGAGGUCUGUGGCUUCCUGUCCAGCACCCACAGACAAGCUGAGAGAGUGAAGCUUUCCUUCGACUUUCCUUUCUACGGACAUAUACUAAAAGAAAUCACAGUGGCAACUGGAGGUUUCAUUUACACUGGAGAUAUAAUCCACCAAAUGCUCACAGCCACUCAGUACAUCGCCCCUUUGAUGGCGAAUUUUGACCCAAGCCUGUCCCAAAACUCGACUGUGUUUUACUUCGAUAACGGCACUGCCCUGGUGGUUCAGUGGAACCGGAUGUACCUCCAGGACAACAUCAGUCUAGGAUCUUUCACCUUCCAGGCCGCUCUGCACAGUGACGGACGUAUCAUCUUUGCAUACAAAGAGAUUCCUUUAGACAUCAAUGGCAUCAGCACUGAGAAUCAUCCUGUCAAGGUGGGCUUGUCGGAUGCUUUUGUGGUUCUUCAUGAGAUAGAGCAGAUCCCCAAUGUUCGGAGGAGAACCAUUUAUGAGUAUCACAAAGUCAACAUCCUCAAGUCCAAAAUCUCCAAUUCUACAGCUGUGGAGAUGCUACCUCUCCCAACAUGUCUCCAGUUCUCCAGCUGUGGUCCAUGUGUCACUUCUCAGAUUGGCUUUAACUGCAGCUGGUGCAGUCGUCUACAAAGAUGCUCCAGUGGCUUUGAUCGUUACCGGCAGGACUGGGUCGACCUAGGCUGCCCGGAGGAGAGAAGAGAUCCCCGGUGUCUCCAAAUGACAGACGUAACAAACGCCACAUCUCGCCACCUCACACAUACGACCACUCCUGUUACAGCGACCGCAAUGCAUCAGAAGACCUCCAGCACGACCUCCAUCCCCCUCCGCAGUACGUCCACUGCCACCAUCCCCUCAACACAUAGCAGCACAAGCAGAAGAAUAAUAUCCACUCAACAGCCUCCUACCAGCAAACCUGCCAAAGAUGACACAAAGAUAUCUUUGCACAUCAAUGAAGCACCAGAAGAUGAGGAGACCACAGGAGAGAGUGAUGGGCCACAGCCUGGUCUUCUGGCAGGAAUCAUCAUGGUGAUGGUGAUCAUGGGAGCAGCCGUCCUUGUGUCUGUCUACAUGUACAACCACCCCACCUCCAGCGCCAGCCUCUUCUUCAUGGAGCGGCGACCGACCCGGUGGCCAAUCAUGAAGUUCAGACGGGGCUCCGGGCGCCCUUCUUACGCCGAGGUGGAGACUCCUGGUCAGGACAAAGACGGCAUGGUGGUCAUCGACCCUAAACAGUCUUUUGUCAUGUCAGACAGAAGAGAGAGUGAACAGAAAGAAGGAUUCAUAGUUCCUGACCAGAGGGAGCACUUCCUAGUCUCAGAGAGCUCCUGACCAAAACUACGUAUCCCAGAAAGCUUUGGGACCUCUAUGUAAGGGAGACUUAUUUCCAUUCAGCUGUUUCCAUUUGAGCUGUUGCUCAAAGUCGUUUUAAAAGACAGACUUUGAGUGUUCAGAGAGGAAACCACCAAGCCUCUAUGAGGAAAAUGUAACUACAGAAUAUUUUAUUCACAGUUUUUAGGCAUAACAUAAAAAAGAUAAAAACUUGUGAUUACUGCGUCACAAAGAGCAAGAGGUGAUGCUGCUGAAUGUUUGUUUAAGACCAUUUCUCUCAAAGACAGCGGUUAUUUUUCCAGAGCUGUAAUGCGUCGUUUCAAACCUUCACAAGAAGGAAUGUCAUAUUCGGGUGUCAUUUCCUCAUCUCAAAAAUACAGACUAAAUUCCUCACCAUUACACCCACCUUCAUCUGAGGGGCAAACAGGGUGCAGUGUUUUCACUGCUGUUUACCUCCGAGCAUAACAUUUUUACAGUGAAGCAAAGCCUGCAACCUUUUGAAUUUCUACUUUAUUUUCUGAACUUAAUAAUAAAAGGCAGAAAACAUAAUUACUGAUUAGUUUGCUGUACAAACAUCCACAACCAUGGAAAAAACACAGGUCUAUAUUUUAGACAUGAUACAGUCUCGCAACAAUUUUCUAACAUGCUAUAAUUGUUCCCACAUGUGUAAUCUGUAUAUUUAUGAUACAAUGGUAAAAAUUGCAGGUUUUAGGUUUUAGUCAGUGGCUUAUAAUUUAGUGUUUUUUUCAGUCACUGUACAGUAUAGCUUUAUUUAUCAGCAAGUUAAAUGGACAGCUAAU